AUGGUCAGUUCCGUGGUUGCCCAGGACACAGUUAGCCAAAUCCUAUCUGGUCUAGUUCAGAGGUAUGCGGAAUCAAAUGAUGCAAACAGAAACUUUGAGAGGUUAGAGAUGGCACACAUCAGGCUGGAGGCUGCUCUUGAGACAUCUAACAAGUGGCAGAUCACAGAUGCAUCUUUGCUGCAUUGGCGCAAGAAGCUGAAGCGUGUUGCCGAAGAGUGUGAUGACAUGCUGCACAAAUUCAAGCAAAGGAUCCAUGAAGACGAGCAGGUGGAACAAGAGCUGAUGAACUCCUCCCUCCAUAGCCGGAUUGCACGCGCUACUAAGUCAUUCAUUUUCUCUGCCUUCAGUGACAAAAAUGAGCCGAGCAGAUCCAUGGUUCAAAGGUUCGAGUGGUUUGCAGAUGGAGCCAGUGAAUUUCUGAGAUACGUUGAAGUUGGUGGCACACCACGCUGUCACAUGCCAUUCAAGUCUCUUAACAGGAACCUUUUUGCGGGCAUGGAGCUCCAGCAUAAGAUUGUUUGGGGAAAUGAGUACCCUUCUUAUCUGCUAUGGCUGGUCCCUUCCAUCACUCCGGAUCAUGGGGUAGAAGCCUGCCUGAAAUUCGUCCAUAAAGAUGAUAAUGCACCGGAGAACAACUUCUUUCUUUGUGCAAUGCUGCAGAUAUCUGACAGCACAGACAGAGUUGGGACAGUAGUGAACUGCCUGCAGCUCUUUCCUCCUUGUUUCCAGCCUACAAUUGAAACCAUCAAGAAAGAGCUCACUCAGCUUCCAACACAGGACUUCUCAUGGGUGCAAGAAGCACUGGGACAAUCUCCACAGCUUCUGCACUCAGUGGUUUCGUCCAGACCCAUUGUGUUGCAAGAAGCAAGUCAAGCAACAAGACAUGGUAGGAAUUCCAGAUGUUUCUCUGGAUUCAUUCUAAUAAACUUGGAGUGUCAAGUCCCGGUAUCCGAGCACAACUACAAGCAGCAGACCACAACCUCGCCAUCUCGACGCAGAAGUUCUAGGCAGGACUACUCUCCAUAUCUGAAAGCUGGGCUCCUCUUCACGCCCCAUGGUUCUACGAAGCAUAGGCUUCCUGAAGAAAAGAACUCUGCAGUAGUGACGGUCUACGAUGAAGAACAGCACUAUGUGCAUACUGACAUUACCUUGGACCAGAUGAAUGAGAUCAUGCUGCCAAAGGCAACAGAUUAUUUCUACCAGAACCCCGAGGCGACAUCCUGCCAACUGCUUUGGAAGUCUAGACAUGGCACUGAGUACAUUGAGUUCGAGAAGCCAAGGAUGGAGGAGAUGCCAUGUGCAGAACGACGGGCAAUUUCUAGGGCAGGUAGUAGGAAAAGGAAGCUGCAGGUGCAACAAGAUCAGGUGCAGGUGCUGGCGAGCUGGAAUCGCAAGGUGGCUUGCUUCCUCAAUUCGUGGGUUGCACAUGCACCUGUCGGCUUGAUCCUGGACUGGAUUCAGAGAGGAAAGGAAAGUCAGCUAGUAGUGCCACCGCCGCCACUUCACCUGAAAAUCUGA